AUGGGAAGCAUAACAGCAGCCCCUUUUCAAAAUCCUUUUCAAGAUGUCCCAGCGGGCCGAACAGAUGGCCUCGCAACUCUCGUUGGACAGUUCCGAGAGGAUACCGACCCCAACAGAACUGAUCUUCUUGUGGGCGUGUAUAAGACAGAGGAAGGGAAGGCGUACGUGCUACCAAGUGUGAAAGAGGCAAAGAACAGGAUAUUCAAUGAUCCUAACUGGCAUCAUGAGUAUCGCCCUUCCGCUCUGGGUUCUCAGAUUUAUAGGGACUUGAGUGCCAAUUUGCUUUUUGGGGCAGACCAUCGUCUUUUGCGAGAGAAAAGGAUAGUUUCGACGCAGACGCUCGGCGCAAGUGGUGGCUGCCAUGUCGGCGCAGUUAUGUUGAAAAAUCAUUAUGGACCGUGGAAGAAGAAUGGGAACCCCGAGAUUUUCCUUCCGAGCGACUCGUGGUGUAAGUCUUCGUUUAGUCGCACAUACGAAAAUAAUUCUAACCAGAUCCUAGUGAAUCAUCCUUUCGUAUUCACGUCUGCUGGGAUUAAGACCAGUCUUCUACCUUAUUUUAGCAGCAAGACAAACACAUUCGACUUCGAGAGGUUUUCAGAAGCCAUCAAGUCGUUGCCCGCUCAAUCCGUCAUCCUUCUCCAGUCUGGAGCCCAGAACCCAACUGGAUGUGAUCCAUCGCUAGAUCAGUGGCGAGAGCUGGCCUCGAUCUUCUCCCAGCGCGGUCAUUUGGCAUUCUUCGAUGCUGCAUAUCCCGGGUUUGCCUCAGGAGACAUCGACACAGAUCUUCAAGGUGUUCGUUUGUUUGCAGAGCAGGAAGUCCCGCUUGUUUUCGUCUCAACAUACGGGAAAUCCUUUGGGCUUUACAGCGAACGCGUUGGAAUUCUCUCGAUUCUUGUUCCAAGCGAGGAAGUGGGAAAGAAUAUAGAGACGCAAUUGAGACUACUCGCACGAGCAGAGUCCGGCGCGCCACCCGAUUUCGGGUCCAAGAUUAUUGAAACCGUUUUAUCAGAUGAGGUCUUGGAGCGCCAGUGGCGGGAGGAAGUGCGCGAUAUGGCGAAUCAACUCAAGCACCGUCGAAUUGCGCUAAGAGAAGCAUUGGAGAAAUUGGAAACACCAGGCAACUGGCGACAUAUCACUGACCAGAACGGGAUGUUUUCAUAUGUUGGGCUGUCUGUGGAACAGGUCACUCUUCUCCGUAACAAGUACCAUGUUUAUCUUCAAGACUCUGGGAGAAUAUCUAUCGCUGGACUCAACAACUUCAACAUCCAUUACACUGCUCAUAGUAUCAGUGCGGUCGUCAAAGCUACAACCUAA